AUGCGGCGGGGUGGCGGUAGCAGUGGUAGCGGCGGUGGGUGCGGCUGGGGUGGCGGUAUGCUAGGCCGCUGGUCUCUACGACGGCUUCUAUUAGACAGCCCUUUAGUGGGAAGGAGGCUAGCUCAUUCAUUACUGGAUCAAGGUGACGGCAGGCCGGUGAAACUGAAUACACCUGAUCAAACACAGACAAAACAAACGGCCGUGCAAUUCAUUGCAGAAGAUGAAGAGGGUGAAGUGCUGGAAUGUCCGCUAUGCCUAUCCACGUUUGUCGCAGCGGGCAUGGUGCGACUGGCGUGGUGCGCUCAUCGCUGCUGCGAGCCCUGCCUGCGACAGUACCUCGCCAUCGAGAUCUACGAGGCGAGGGUCCCAGUCAACUGUCCCGUGUGCCAGGAGAACAUGCAUCCCUUAGACGUCCGUCGGAUCGUAGACAACCCGACACUUUACGACAAAUACGAGGAGUUUUCGGUGAGACGAGCACUGGCCGCGGACCCUGACACAAGAUGGUGUCCCGCGCCCGACUGCAGUUUCGCUGUGGUGGCAACUGGAUGCGCUUCGUGCCCGAAACUGACUUGCCUGGCGCCAGGCUGCGGUGCGUCGUUCUGCUACCACUGCAAGGCGGCCUGGCAUCCCACGCAGACCUGCGAUGCGGCACGCCGGAGUCGCCAGCCACCACCGAGGGCGCCACAACCGCAGCACGCCGACAUGGAGCACGGGGAAGUGAAGCCCUGCCCCCGCUGUUCUGUCCUGAUCGUGAAGGUGGAGGACGGCUCGUGCAACCACAUGGUGUGCUGCGUAUGCGGCGCCGAGUUCUGCUGGCUUUGCAUGAAGGAGGUCUCCGAUCUCCACUACCUUAGCCCGAGUGGAUGUACGUUCUGGGGCAAGAAGCCGUGGUCGCGUAAGAAGAAAUUGCUGUGGCAGUUGGGCACGCUGGCGGGCGCGCCGCUGGGCAUCGCGGUGGUGGCGGGCGUGGCGCUACCGGCACUGCUAGUGGGGCUGCCGCUGUGGGCCGGCCGCCGCGCGCACCGCCGCCUGCGCCGCGCCACGCCCGCGCGCCGCCGUGCCGCCGUCGCCGCAGCAGUCGCCGCAGCGGUCAGUAGCACACAGCACUCGCAGCACACAGCACACACUGCCGCUGUGGGCCGGCCGCUGCGCACACCGCCGUCUGCACCGAGCCCCGCCUGCGUGCCGCCUUCGCUGCAGCGGUCAGUAGCACACAGCACUCGCAGCACACAGCACACACUGCCGCUGUGGGCCGGCCGCCACGUUCACCGCCGUCUGCGCCCCCACCGCUGUCUCCACCGCGCCCCGCCCGCGUCCGCUUUCGCCCCAGCGGUCAGUAGCUCAGAGCACUCGCAGCACAUAGCACACACUGCCGCUGUGGGCCGGCCGCUGCGCACACCGCCGCCUGCACCGCCGUAG